UUCUUUAAUGAAGUUUCAUGAUAAAAAAAAAUGUACAAAUGCAUCACCGCCGGAGACAAAAGAAAAGAGUGAGAAGCUUAGAGUGAUGAGUUACUGGCAAAAUAUAGUAAGAGAAGCAGUUUCACAAACCACAAUAGUUGCCAAAUUCCUCUGUCUUCUUCAUGUCACCAGCUCCUAUCUCUGUUCCCCUACUCUUGUGUACGGUCCCAGCAUGCUUCCGACGCUGAAUCUCACCGGCGAUGUGCUUUUAGUGGAACACGUGUCUCGUCGAUUGGGGAAAGUGGAAGCGGGUGAUAUUGUGCUGGUUCGGUCACCCAUUGAUCCUAGAAAAAUUGUUACUAAACGAAUUGUGGGAAUGGCUGGUGAUAUUGUCAGUUAUUUGCCUGAUCCUUCGGUUACCGAUGCCUCUCGAACUGUUGUGGUCCCAAAGGGGCACAUUUGGAUUCAAGGGGAUAACAUGUAUGCUUCCCGUGAUUCACGGCAUUUUGGUCCUGUACCAUUUGGUCUAGUUCAAGGCAGAGCUUUUUUGAGGGUGUGGCCACUUUAUAGCUUUGGUUUAUUAGGGCAAUAAGCAAAAUGGUUUGAAUAUCAAAGAAGAUAUGUACGAAUUCAACUCCAACAAUGUCUCUCUACGUCUGCUCCUGAAGUUGAGUGGCCAUCUCUUGCUUGGAUGGUUGAUGCUUUACAUGGGAAGUUAUUUGGUUGACGAAUAUCUAUUUUUUAAUUAACAGCCAAGUCGACCCAUCGUCAAGUAAGACUUCUUUGCCGGAACUUUAUCUUCAAAUGAAAUGAAGAGUUAUAUAGGUUUUAUGAGUAUGAAUAUGAAUAUGAGACAUGUAGGAUUGUAUUCUACUUCUUGAUAUGUAUCUAUUCUACAACUUGAAACAUAUGAUGAAAAGUAGAUAACCACAAAUGUGGAUGUACAAAGCUUAGAGAAUGGUCGCUGAGUUUUGCUGGUAGUAGGUUAUUGCCUAAGUUCAUGUGCAUGUUGUUGAUGAUUAAUAUUAAAAUUCUUUUGUUUCUAUUUGGUUAAA